CUCAAUCCGUCCCUCUCUCACUGUACUCCCACCGUCCCUGUUACGUAGUAAACCAAGAAAAAGUGCUGUUUGACUGACCUUCUGUCCCCCGGCUCCCCACGUGAAGCACGCUCACCUCAGCUCAGACCCAACAUCACUCCAAAAUCCAAAUCCCCAAGCAAUCCAACUAGACAGCAAAUCAAACAGGAAUUUCUCUUCUGCUGCAUAAGUAACUCAAUCGGCAGCAGUCGGCACCCACAAGCCACAGGCCACAACAUCAUAGACCACAAUGGAAGGAGAAGCAGCAGCAGCUGAAGCAACUCCCAUCAUACCUGGCCUUCCCGACGACCUUGCCUUGCUCUGCCUUGCCCAUCUCUCACAUUCCCAUCUUGCCUCUGCUCGCUCUACCUCACGCAUCUGGAGAGCCACUCUCUCUCCUUCCAUUCUCAACCCAAUUCGGAAAUCCUUAAAUCUCCCUUCCCAACAACUCCUCUUCCUUUCCCUCUCACCCUCCGACUCCUCUGCUGAUGAGCUCCACUGGUGCAUUGUCGAUCCUCUCUACCAUCGUUGCCUGUCGCUCCCUAAACCAGCUGCUGAUACCCUCACUUCUCUACUUUCUCGCCGUGCUAUUUCCACUACUGGCCACAUUUUCCUGCACUUCAUUCGGAGCCUAGAUGAACCUUAUCUUAGCCUCAUCCWGUUUUCCGUCGAACAGUUUGUCAUCAACUCUGGGGCUGCAGCUGCCCACCAUAUGGCUGGCAGCUCACAAGCACCUGAUGUUGAUGCUGCAGCCACUUCCACUUGUCAGGGCAACACUGAUUCUUGUUUGCUCAAGGGUGAAGAAUUGGCCUACGACAUAAUCCAGGUUCCGAAUGAAGACUUCAAUCCUUUAUGGUCUGCCUGGGUUGGCCUUGGUUCGCGUCUCGUUGUUGCUGGUGGGACCAUUGGGAACCAAGCAACGUCCAUGACUAUGACCUUUGAUGGGUGCCAGUGGAACAAGCUUGCUCAAUUGAAUGAGCCAAGAUUCAUGGCUGCUGGGUUUGUCUUUAAGGGUGAAGUCUGGGUGCUGGGUGGCAAGCGACUUGGAGGGGCAGGACUGGAGAUUGUUUCUUCCGGGGAAGUAUUCAUGCCCAAGCUGCAGAAGUGGCAUCUAGUGCCAGAGAUGUGGCCGAAGCACCUGCAAUCACUGGAGGAGAAGGUGCCUUGUGUGGUUUGUUUCAAGGGAAGGAUGUUUGGGCUGAAGAUGGGGUCUAACAUGGUUGUGGUUUGGGAUGAAGGGAGGAAGGGGUGGGACUGCCUGGGUCUGAUAGGGAGAACAUAUGUGGAGAAGGGUUUCAAAGGGAAAAUUCUGGGAGUUGAGGAAGACAGUCUUUGGGCCUUGACUGAGGAGCCAUUCAUGAUAUUUGAGCUUGAAACCAGUGUAGAGAUGGCUCUGAAAUGGGCUAGGCCCUCUGAAGAAACUGUUCAAACUAGAGAAAUAAGGGGACAAUUGAGUUGGAAGAGAAUUGAUUCAGAGCUUGGCUUGGAUGGGUUUCAGCGACUAAUAGACAGCACCUUAAUACAUUUGUAGAAGAGAGAAAGUGGGUCCUUUUUACUUCCCUCUCCUGAAGCUAAGUUAUUCUAGUUUUGAUCAGCUCAAUUUCUGAUUAGUUGAACAGACAGAGCAGAGGAACUCAGAAACUUACGAGUGCUGAGUCUGCUGACUGCUGAUGUUUUGGGUACAUCUGUGGUGAAAAGACAAGGAAAACCCUGUUAUUCAUAAGUAAUAAAAUCCAAAACACAAGGGUGCUUUUGUAUUUUAA